AGACGAGACAGCAGCAGCGCUGUUUUGGAUUUUCCCGGAUGAUAAUGACCGAACUGUCGUAUAAUAAACAAGACAAUCGCUCAGCGUUUGAUAACAACCUUGGCGAUACACGUCAACUGGCGGUGAUGAUAUAUGGAGAAAAUCCAACAACCGGUUGUACUAUCGCUCGGUUGGAUCGUCUCAGACAUCCGACAACAAAGGUGCAUUAUUAUUGUUAUUAUAUGAGCAAGUUCAUCGUCUUUUUCCUUUUUUCAAUUUUUCCACUUUGAUAUUCUGGGAAAAAUGAGACAAUCGCGAAAUAACAGGAUUGACAACCGGCGAUGGAUUUCUUGGCUGAUUUUGAGUUUGGUUGUCGCUAGCGACAAAGUUUCGGCCAUCUUCGUUGAUGAGCCGUUACUUUACGACACUUUCCCACCUGAUUUCAUCUGGGCUUCGGCAACCAGCGCCCAUCAGAUCGAAGGAGCCUGGAACGUCGAUGGUAAAGGGCCGAGUAUUUGGGACACUUAUACAUCGCAGCCGGGCAUUGUUGCCGAAGGAGCUACAGGCCAAACAGCUUGUAACAGUUACUAUUUUUACCAAAAAGACGUCGACGCCCUCAAGAGUUUAAAUGUGAGUCACUACCGGUUCUCCAUUUCGUGGCCGAGGGUUUUGCCAAACGGAAUCGGCCAAGUCAACCAACCGGGAAUCGACUACUAUAAGAAUCUGAUUGCCGCACUCAAAGUGGCAAACAUCCAGCCGAUGGUAACCUUGUACCACUGGGAUUUACCGCAAGCCCUCGAGGAUAUGGGAGGCUGGUUGAACGCUUCCGUGGCCGACUGGUUCGAAGAAUACGCCCGUCUCUGUUUCACUCAAUUCGGCGAUGACGUAAAAAUAUGGGUCACCCUAAACGAGCCUUGGAUUACAGCUUGGCAAGGCUACGGACUCGGAGUCAGCGCACCUGCCAAAUACGGACCUGGAACUUAUACUUAUCAAGCCGGCCACAACUUGAUCCUAGCCCACGCCAAAGCCUACCGACUCUACGAAUCAACUUUCAAAGCUUCCCAACAAGGAAAAGUUGGAAUCGCAUUAAAUGUCAAUUGGUUCUUCCCGGGAAGCGAUCUGAUAGCCGAUAAGGAUGCGGCCAAACGAGCACUCCAGUUUAUGGGCGGUUGGUUUGCCAAUCCAAUUUUCGGUAGCGGGGAUUACCCAUCAAUUAUGAAACUGAAGAUUGGGGAGAAAAGCGCUCAGCAAGGAUUCAAUCAAUCUCGGCUGCCGGAAUUCACCGCCGAGCAAAAGCUGUUGGUUCAGGGCAGUGCGGAUUUCCUCGGCAUCAAUCACUACACCAGUUUGCUGACGGUUAAUCAACCCAGCAAUAUCAACGACGUCAGUUAUGAAUCCGAUCAAGAUCUUUAUUCUUAUUAUGAUCCAUCUUGGUACGGAUCUGGAUCACCUUGGUUAAAAAUAACGCCUUUCGGCUUGCGAAAUCUUUUGGGCUGGCUGAGAGACAAGUUCAACAACCCGGAAAUGAUUAUCACCGAGAACGGAUGCAGUGACACGGCUGGCAAUUUGGACGACAUGUUGAGAAUCUAUUACUACAAGCACUACAUCAAUAACGUCCUCAAAGCCAUUAAAACCGACGGAGUCAAAGUCAGUGGGUACACGGCCUGGUCUUUAAUGGACAACUUUGAAUGGCGUGCUGGAUACAACGAGAAAUUCGGACUUUUCAAUGUCGAUUUUUCGUCGCCAGAACUCCCACGGACGGCCAAAGCUUCCGCCCGUUACAUCGCUCAAAUCAUCCACGACAACGGGUUUCGAUCGGACCAGCCUUGCAAUAACUAUCCAAUUUCGAAAUGAAAUUUUCUUUUCAAAUUUCUUUUUACCUCGUCUGUUGUGUAGGAUUUUAUUGAUUGCAAGUAGUAUGUAUGCAGAAAUCGGUUCUCAGGGCUUUAAAAACUUUGUUGCUCUCAAAUGUUCGUUAUCGAUCUUAUCGAACGGCGAAUAAUGGAACGAUUGUUAUUGAUAACAUUGUGAGAUGGAAUUAUUUUGGGCCAUAGAAUUUUAUAGUUCUGUUCAAAGCUAAGAAGAAAACAUGAGAAUAAACAUCGACCCGUGUCUAUAUAGAG